UCUAGCGUGCGUAUCGCAUAUCGAGUCAAAAGCACUUCACUCGGCGGGGGACUUGCCCCAAGACCAAGGUUAGGGACAAAACAGGUAGAUUAUCCUUUGAAAGCGUCACGCACGUGCGUUCAUUCAACUUCGUGGAACGGUGAUUAUGGUUUCACGAAAAUGCGGAAUUUACUAUUUUUCUUUGAAAAAGUUUAGCAACGGUUGCAGUCAUAAAACUAUCGGGUGACAGUCAAGAAAUAACAUCAGCAAUGGAAGAGGAUGAAACCGGUACAACAAACAGAACAAGAACAAAUCUGAAAUACAUGAACAGGCCUCCGCGCAUCAUCCCAAAUUAUGGAAAGAAAAUACAGAGCGUCCUGCCAAAGACCUGCAUUUCCCGCGUCCUCCUCUACGACAACGUGACCCAGCAGCAGAUGCUUGACGUCAAGCUGUCUCAGAUCAAGCACGAGAAGCAGAAGGCCAGUCGUGUGCUAGACCUCCACCGCAAGUCCUUCGUUCUCAGACGUAGGAUGAAGCAACAGUACACUCUGGCGCACCAGACGAAGGUUGACAAGACCAGUCCAUUGUACAACGGUCUCCAGAGUGAGACCGCAAACCUUCAAAAUGACAGUGUAAAGCUUCCAACGAUCAACGGUCACUCUAACCGUGUUGGGGCCUUCCCUCUAAAAAUGGAAAAUACGAAUGGAAUCACUAGACUAAUGCACACGUUUUCGGAGGACAAAAAUUCGGUUGCAUUGCUAGAAUGGACUAAAAAAAACAUGAUGAAUGAAAAACGAUACGAAAGAUUGGUAAAGUUACUUGUUGAAUUGGAAGAACCAGGGGACGGGUACAUAGAACUGAGUCCCAGCUUUCCUAAAAAGAUUGCCGCAUUCCCCGAACAUGUUGUCGCUUUUUGUGCAACCCGUGCAGAGAAUAGUAAUACAGACGUGAAUAUACAAACAUCCACUAGUAUAUCAUGAGAAGCAUACAGAUAUACACGUGGAAAUUAAUUAAGCACCAUCAAGUUUUGACAAUGUGACAUAUUUUACAAGUAAUUGUGACCAUUUCAUGGAUAUCAAACACUGAAAUUAAUGUUCUUUGUAUACAAAGAAUAUUGAAAAAGACUGACAGCAAGUGACACUAUCGUUCCACGAGUAUUUAACGUGAUCUAAGCAAAAAGACAGAAACCGUAAAUAUAUAUGCAGAGCAAGAUGGGCACACAAGACAACAUUUUGGUAAUAACAAUGUAAAGAUUCUUUAGUCAUGUCAUUAAAAUUGUCCAAACUGACCAGGGGCCUAAUUCACAAAGGUCUCUUAGGCUCUGCUAAACAAAGCAUCCUCUUUGCAAGUCUUUUUGCAUUGCACUGCGAUAUCGCAAAGUUACGAGAGUUUAGUGAAUUAGGCCCCAGCGGCGCAGAGCGGCUUGCUUAGAGGACGAAUUUUCUGCAAACCAAACUACUGUUAUUUAUUUUAUAUUUUUAUUAGUUAUUAUUGUAAUUAUUAUUGUUAUUGUUACUGUUAUUUUAUUAUUAUUAUUAUUAUUAUUAUUAUUAUUAUUAUACCUGGAUGUUUGAGAACAUGUUUUUACUUAAGUAAGCGACUUUCAAUAAAUAAAACAGAUAUCAAAUCACUGAGUCAAACAUGGAAUUGCGCAGAACUUCAAUUGAAUAAUUUAAUACUGCCAUUAGUGAGCUCAAAUGUGAUACGACGUCAUGUCACAGCGGCCAGUAAAUUCACAUAAUUUGAUUUUGAUUUUUAUCAAUAGUUGUGGUUUUUAUCAGUUUAAAAAAUUGCUGGUAGCAGCUUUGACCACGUAACACUAUAGUUUAUGGGAUUUGACUUGUAGUGCAUCCUAGUAAACUAUUUUUGUUAAUUACAGCUUUUAUGCUUUGCCAAUAUUAUUAUUAUUAUUAUUAUUAUUAUUAUAUUACUGACGUAACUAUAUCAUCACGUAACGUCGUAAUAAUAUGAAUAAUCGAACAGGUAAAAUAGUUUAUGUGUGCGACAGAGAGAGAGGGGUUGGGGGAAGAAAUAUUGACUGAUUGACUGCACUACACGACCAUUCAAUGCAAAAAGCAUAACAAAUUAUUCAUUCUUAUUUCUUUAUACACUAUUGAUUAUUUUUGCUCUUUGUUGGCUUCUUUUGUAAGGUGGUGGCAGAUAAAGAUUUUAACACCGAUUUUAUCCGUGGGAGAUUUCAUCGUCUUUAUGUGGAAAUAAUGUAUAAUCUGAAUAGAUAAGACUGACACUUUCAUUAAGACCACUACACCCAUACAUAAGCUUUUCCCGACCCAUCCCCAAUGCCGGAGCAAAUACUCAAAUCCUGGCAAAAACGAGAGAGAUAUCCGGAAAAAAUGAGUUGGCCCGAAAUCUUUUCACCAUGUGUUUCUAUCAUUCUAACCCCAGUUUCAGUUGUAAUCCAUGUAAAAAUGCGUGGGGAUUCGUUUGCAACUCUAUUUAGCCGAAGAGGUAUUUUACCGGCAUCGGUGGCGUCGUGGUUAGGCCAUCGGUCAACAGGCUGGUAGGUACUGGGUUCGGAUCCCAGUCGAGGCAUGGGAUUUUUAAUCCAGAUACUGAUUCCAAACACUGAGUGAGUUCU